UUUCUGCGCACGCGCCAGUGCCGCGUUUGAUCCUGUGUGUACGCCGUCUGGCGCGGGGAGUUGUGGGUGAGGUAAGAUGGCGGCUGCUGUCCGUUACCUUUGGUUUUCUCGCGGCCUUUUGCUGCCAAGGACAGGCCCUGGCAUUUCUGCAUUAUCUGUGGUGCCAUACGUGUUGCAGCAGCACCACCAAGUUCAUCACGCGGUGAUCCCUCAUGGGAGAAGUGGACGAUCCUCUGUUAGUGGCAUUGUGGCCACUGUCUUUGGAGCUACAGGUUUUCUGGGGCGUUAUGUUGUCAAUCGUUUAGGUCGCAUUGGAUCUCAAGUAAUCAUACCUUAUCGCUGUGAUCAAUAUGACAUCAUGUAUCUGCGACAGAUGGGUGACCUUGGGCAACUUCUCUUCUUAGAGUGGGACAGUAAGGACAAAGAUUCUACCCGAAGAGCUGUGGAGCACAGCAAUGUGGUCAUUAAUCUUGUUGGAAAGGAAUGGGAAACAAAAAACUUCAGUUUUGAAGAUGAAUUUGUAAAUAUUCCUAAAAGUAUUGCUCAGAUAACAAGAGAGGCUGGUGUGGAAACAUUCAUUCAUAUCUCUCACCUAAAUGCUAGCAUGAAGAGUCCUUCCAAAUACCUGAGGAGUAAAGCUGUUGGAGAGAAAGCAGUAAGGGAAGAAUUUCCGGAUGCUGUAAUUAUGAAGCCCUCUGAGAUGUUUGGGAGAGAGGACCGAUUUCUGAAUCAUUAUGCAAACAUGCGCUGGUUCGGUGGUGUGCCUCUUAUUUCUUUGGGCAAAAAAACAGUGAAGCAGCCAGUAUAUGUGGUUGAUGUAGCAAAGGCAAUUAUUAAUGCAAUUAAGGAUCCUGAUGCUAAAGGAAAAACAUAUGCCUUGGCUGGACCUAAUAGGUACCUGCUGUAUGACAUGAUAGAAUACAUCUAUGCAGUUGCUUUUCGAACCUUUUUUCCGUACCCACUUCCACGUCCUCUGUAUCAUUUAAUUGCAAGAUUCUUUGAGAUCAGUCCAUUUGAACCAUGGUUAACUCGAGACAAAGUAGACCGAUUUCACACAACAGACAUGAUAUUGCCUGAUCUCCCUGGUUUGGAAGAUUUGGGUAUUCAACCAACAUCUCUGGAACAAAAAGCAAUUGAAGUUCUUCGCCGUCACCGCAGAUACCGCUGGUUGGAUGCUGAGCUGGAGGAAGCAAAACCAGCAAAGACAUAUCCCAUGUAACAGUUGCAUAAGCAUUUACUUAAUACUUUUAAACCAUCUCUGUAUGACCGAGCUUUUUGGAGAACUGUGUACAUACUAAGUAAAAUAUUGUAAUCACGUAAACUGUUUUUUAUCAACAGUGUUGUCUUUUUAAUUACAGGAAACUCUAGCUGGUACGCAAUUAUUGUCUUCAAUAGAUAAUGAAAGCAAAUUUACAUAUUAUUUACUUAGUUGGUGAGCAUUAAAAUGUUUUGAUGAUUGGGAGUGGGAGAGGAGGCUAAUCACAUUAGCUGGAAGAAGUUGAGGUUUGGAUGGAAACUGGUUUUUAAAAUCAGAUUGAGAACAAGGAUGAAAUGAGUGAAGAAAAAACUUGUAUUUUCACCUCAAAGCUUUCUACUGUUUGCCUCUGUUGGAGGUGACAGUAGGAGGGAAGGAACAGGGACAAACUGAGCAAAAAUAAUGAAGGUAUGAAAGGUAGAAGCCUAAUAGUGGAGUAGAAAUCUGAGUAGAAGAUUGGAACUGAGUCAGUGGUGAAAACAGAGUAGGAAGAGGAGUAGACAAUCUGAAAAGAAUAAGACGGUCAAGGUUAGGGAAGGCACAGAAGUUUCUUGAUUAAAUCAUGAUGUUUACUGGAGCCAAGGAUCAGAAUUUCAGUGUUUCUGUGUUGUUGCCAUACUACUGUGAAACUCUUGGGCAAAGUAUUUCUUUAAUUUCAACAGCUUCCACCUUUUCCUCAUCCACAAAAACCUACUGCUGCUUAUGUCAGUUUUUAGGACAAAGUAGGAUCUUGAAACAAAAAUAUUUUUCCUACCAUAUGUUUGAUUUGGCCUUUGUUCAUAGGUUAUUGUUCUUCUGACAACAUAGGUUCAUUCACUUCAAAAUAAAUCUGCCAGUUCCAGAAGAAAGCUGGACGAUCUGAAAGUGCAUAUUGUUAAUAAUUUGAUCCUUAUAUUAUUUUUACUUGACUACAUGCUUUUUUCUUUGUUAGUGCUCAUUGAAUGUGCGCCUUGGAUAUUUUAUUUGCAAAUUGCUGUGAAAACUGUUGUAUUUUUAAAUUGUUUUACGACCACCUCAUAGAGCGCAGAAAUAUGGUACAGCCUGAGCUGUAGUGACCAUGCUGUGGUUGAGUUCAUGCUCGGAGGGAUAUGAGACAAGCAAAGAGUAAAAUUAGGAAGCUAAACUUCAGGAAAGCUAACUUCCAGCUCUUCAGGGAGUUAGUCAACAAAACCCCCUGGGAAAUUGUUCUCAUGGGCAAGUGUAUGGAGCAUAGCUGGCAGAUUUUUAAGGAGGCUUUCUUCAGGAUGCAAGAGCUCUCCAUCCCCAGGUGUAGCAAGUCAGGAAAGGAAGGCAAGACAAGCAUGACUAAACUGCAACCUGCUGGUCAAACUGAAGAACAAGAAGAAAACACACAGACGGGGAAACUGGGACAGGUAACAUGGGAAAAGUAUAGGGAAGCUGCUAGGCUGUGUAAGGGUGGGAUCAGGGAAGCCAAGGCUUCUGCAGGUAUCUCAAUCAGAAAAGUCCAGGAGGGUGUACCUUCCUUGUGAGUGAAUCAGGCAUGAAACAGACAGUAGAAGGCUGAGGUACUUAACUUUUUUGCCUUGGUCUUCUCUGGUAACUGUUCGCCUCACAGCCCUUGUGUUUGGUUUGGUAGGAGGUGAUCAGGGAAGAAUGUCCCUUCUGCUGUAAUCAAAGAUCAGGUUUGUGUCCACCUGAGGAACCUGAAUAUUCUAUGGAUCCCAGUGAUAUGCGUUCGUUUCAGUGUGUUUGGAUCUGAGAGACGGGAUGUCUCAGGAGCAAAGGCAAACAAACAAUGCACUCAGAGCAGCACAAAGGCUUAUGGGUUUUAUUCAGUGUACACUCCUACACACCCAGGCAAUUUUAGAUAAUCCCCUAAGUGGGAAGCAGAAACUCCCUAAGCAAGUGUACUAUUACUUACUGACCCCUGAGAGACUGCAAAUAGCUGAAAGGAGAGAGAAGGAGCAUGCUGGCAAUGGAUUCAAUAGGUAAUGCCACCAGGGUGUCCCCUGCUUCAAGGUGCAUUUUUCAUCUCCUGCCAUAGCCUCUCUCUUGCUUUUAUUCUCCCCAGGGUCUGUGGGGUUUUUUUCCACUUGCACAAUGUACCCGUGCAGCCAACACAUGAUACAGAGCCCAAGUGGAACACCUGCUUGCAGAACAAGUUUUUGCAAAAAGCAAGAUUAACUACCAAGGUCAGCUCUCUACAAAAUGAGAUAUUUAUGGCUUACAGCCACAAAUAUCAGUUUCCUUAAAAUGUCAGAAUACUUUGUUCGAUCCCUGGAUCGUUCUUCAGCUAGGGCCCUUUAGGUCCCCGACACAGUAUCCCGGAGUCCUAGGGGAAUUGGCUGAUGUAAUCGCCAAGCCGCUCUCUAUGGUAUUUGAAAAGUCAUGGCAACAAGGUGACUGGCAAAAAGGUGACAUCAUACCCAUUUUUAAAAGGGGUAAAAAGGAUGACCCUGAGAACUACCAACCUGUCAGUCUGAUCUGGGAAGAUCAUGGAACAGAUCCUCUUCAAAACUAUGUUAAUGCACAUAGAAGACAGGGAGGUGAUGCGGGACAGCCUGCAUGGCUUCACCAAGGGCAAAUCCUGCUUGUGGUUUUCUAUCAUUCUGUCGCUGCAUCAGUGAACAAGGGAAGAACUACAUCUAUCUGGACUUCAGUAAGGCCUUUGCCUCAGCACCCCACAGUGUCCUUUGCUCCAAAUUGGAAAGAUAUGGAUUUGAUGGGUGGACUGUUCGAUGGAUGAAGAACCGGGUGCUGGGUAGAGUCCAGACAGUGCUGGUCAAUGCCUCGAUGCCUGGACGAAGAUUGAUGAUGAGUAGUGUCCCCCAGUGGUCCGUGCUGGGGCUGAUACUCUAAUAUUUUUACCAAUUACAUUGACAGUGGGGUUGAGUACACCCUCAGCAAUUUUGCUGAUGACACCAAGCUGUAGGAUGCAGUCAACACACCAGAGGGGCAGGAUGCCACCCAGAGGGACCUAGACAUGCUCAAGCAGUGGGCCCAGGUGAACAAAUCCAAAUGCUAGAUCUUGCACUUGGGUUGAGAUAAUCCCCAUUACCAAUACAAGAGAUGAAAGUAUUGAAUGCAGCCCUGUAGAAAAGGAUCUGGGGGUACUGGUGAAUGGGAAGCUGGACAUGAGCCAGCAAUGAGCCCUUGCAGCCCAGAAAGCCAACGAUAUCCUUGGCUGCAUCUAAAGAGGUGUGGCCAGCAGGGUGAUCCUGUCCUGAAAUGUCUUUUAAUUUUUAAUGUAAUUAUUUUUUUUCCCAGUCAACAUAUGACUUCUUGGCUAUCACUUGAAUCUACAAUAACAUUACUUGUCCUGGUGGUGAAGCACUGGAACAGGUUGCUCAGAGAGGUGAUGGAUGCCCUAUCCUUGAACAGAUUCAAGGUCAGGCUGGACUAUGCUCUGAGCAAGCUGAUCUAGCUCUAGAUGUCCUUGUUCAUAGCAGUGAAGUUGGGCUAGAUGCUAAGUGUCCCAUCAAAGUGAAAUGAUUAUUUGAUUCUAUGAACAUGUGAGAAGGAGGUGAUUGCCGGCAAGCGUAAAAGAUGUGGUGUUGCUGUUUUUUGGUUGGUUGGUUGGUUGGUUGGUUUGGUUUUGGUUUUUAUUAUCUUCCUUGGAAUAAGUCAUAUCAUAUGUCCUGCCAAGGUGGCAGGGAGCUUCCAUUGAUCUCGGUGCAAAAUUCUCAUGAAGAAUAGAGCGGAUACAAUCUAGGUUAUUUUGGCAUUAAAUUUUAUGUAGGUAAGCAACAAACAGUCGAUCCCACUCUGAAUUUCAGUGACAAUUUCAUGUUUAGUUUCACUUUUUUUUCCUAAUAAUUCCUAACGUGUGGUGUUUUUUUGUUUUUUGUUUUUUUUUGUUUUUUUUUCCACUAUUGAAUAAUUGGACAGUUUCAUGAUUAUCAUCAGAACAAAGUGGUGAAAAAUAAUAAUAAAAAAAAUUUGUAAACUAG